UCGUUACAUGAUUUGCGAUUAUCGGGGGUUAAAGCGGAAUUUGAUUUAAACUUGCAUGUGUUUAGUUUCUAUAAUCAAGUUACACAAUUAUAAUUCACGCAGUGCAGAAGUUGUUUAUAAACAAGGAAAAAAAAGUGAAAGAAACGUGAAUGUUGGCGAGAAUGUAAAGCAGCUGAGAUGGGUGGAAUGAUUUCUGUUUGAAGGAGAUAUAAAGACAAAAAAGGACACGUUUUGUUGCUGAUUUUUGGAGCUUUGUGAGAGAUUGUGAUUUCUGCUUCACCUGGUCUGUUGGUAAACUUUCUACAUGGCACCUGGCACACACACAGUGUUCCUCUUUUGGAAGAGGAACUGCACCAAUACUUUGUUCGGUUCUCUUUCAUACCUGAAAAACUGACUUCUCAGGGACCUAUUGGAAAAUGUAAAAAAGAAAACCCUUUUAUUUUGUUUUCUCAGUUUUGUUCCAGGUUAUGUUCUCAGUGCUCAAGAAGGAAUUGAUCAGACAGGUUUCUCUUUUUCAGAGCCAGCCAAACAAUCAGCUGAUACCAAAGCUGUUCUCAUGCUUCUUUAUGCACAAAAUGCAGCUCGUCUCUUUCCUCUUUUCUCAGUCUUUAUUUAAAACUACUUUACAGCCACUCAUGUAACACUGAAAUGUUGAAGUUCCUUUGUAUACCCAGGAGGUUUCACUUCCUCCUUUUCUUUUUAACAGUUACUUCCUUAUGUUUAGCUGUUCUCAGACAAUCUAUAUGUUGUUAGACUUGCUGAGCAUAUUAUUCAUUAGACUCUUAUCAUACCUGUGGUGUUGCUUCAUCUAUGCUUAGUAAAUGGGCUUUGAGGCUUGAUGUAAAUAGUGAGACGGUGUCUGAUUUCUUGAACAUGAAACAGGAGGCCUGUAUGACAUGCAAAACAGCCGAGGCAAAUCUGGAUGUAGCUUUACAUGACAACUCCUGAAUUGCUGGAAGAGGGAGGGCAGACAGUCCUAAGAGGGCUCAGUGCUAACCCUUCUGUGUUAUUCACUACCUGCAAUUCCUGGAGCUGGUGAGAUGGAGGAAGCUUACAAUGAGCUCUACCAGCAGUUUCUUCGCCUGAGGUCACUUUGUCUGAAACAGGCAGCUCUGCUGCAUCAACUCACAACAGCCCUGCAGAAACAGCAAGGUGCAUCUAUUCCUAAUGGAGAAUUCAGUAAUGUGAUGUCCGUUCCUGUUCAGUUUACCGAUGAAAUCCCUGCAUAUCUCCUUGAGAACCCUCAAACAUUAACAUCCGUGACACAAAUCCCUGCAGCACAGUGUGGCGCUGAUUACUUUUCAAGAAAUACAAAGAGCUUCCCCGAUCUCCUUGCUGAUGAUAUGUCCAAGCUCUGUGUUGAUGUGCCCUCUCAAAGAAAGGAAAGCGUUAAGGCGGAGAACAAAUUCCCAUUGUUGUUACCACUGGACUCCUUGGGAUGCCAUGGAGCCUCUUCCAAUGAAUCCAGAAAUUCAAAGCAAAAUCAUCCUGCUGGAGACAGAACUCUACACGCAAUCAGGAUGCCUGUGAUGGACUGCUGCAACCUGAUUAAUGACUUCCAAGGUGGAGCCGGCGGGGCGAUGUUGUCGGACGUGGCUCUGCAGUCUCACAUUUGUGAGUUUUGCCAGGCAGUUUUCCCUGGACACACAACUACAAGAGGAGAGUUCCUACGACAUCUGAACACUCACGUCACCUAGAUUAAAUGAAGUCUCCUCCUGACGUAUGACUGACAGUAUGUGUUCAUAUGAUAGUCUUUGAUGGUGCAUGCAUAAACCUAUCAGUCUGAUCCCAGGAUUGAAAUGGACCUGCAGUUUAGCUCUAUGUCUCUGAAUGAACUGUGCAGAUGCUGAUACAGCUUUUCGGUUUCUUUCGUCUAAAAUGAAAGGCAGAAAUAGACUUUAGAGCUUAAAUGAUCACAAAGUUCUGGGAAUGGGCAUAUUAAAUAAAUAACUUCAUCUGAUUUAAAUGAGCAAAUUUCCCCUGGUUAAACUGCAGUAUGCAUGAUGUUGGUGGUCCACAGAGUGACUUUUUAAAAAAGCAGCUGUGCUGGAAGCUUUCUGGAGAAAUGACCCUGAGGGGGAGAUCAGACAAAUUUGUAUCGGGUUUGCGUUUUGAUUUUUAUCAGCCUCUUCCUGGAACCUAUUAUAAUAAAGCCACCAUAACGUCACUCACUCACCCAUUCAGUCUGUGGACUGUUGAAGCCUCAUUGAGCAUUUUGGCUGUCACCAUCUGGGAUCCCCCAGUGUGGGUCUUACUGAAAAACUGAGGACAGUGCACACCAAUGAUACGGACUCACACAAACCCCGCUUCAUUGUCUGUUUUACUCUAAAUAAGACCAUGAAUCAUGAAAUGAACAUAAUGUGAGGCAAGUAUUUACCGAAGUCUUAAAUCAAGCAACAUGGCAAAAGUUUCUCAAAGACUUCUAUAUAAUCUCUAUUUAUCUGUUCAGAGCAUUCAGUAGAAACAGUCUGUUCAGUCCAUAGACUAUAUCACUCGCUGUUAAUCAUGGGUAAAUUACACAUAAGCUCUCUGUGUUUCUGACAAGACACUAGGAGUGUCUUUUCUUUAGGCUAUGACUGCACAAAUUAUUGUCUAUGUAGCGUCAAAGUCAAUGUAAGGCAGCUGGUCUUCUUAUACGCUGUGAUGUUUAAAUGCAGCUAGAAAACACAAACUUUUGACAACUAAAAGAAUCCACUGGAUUUUUUCUAAAUAAAUCUAAGUGUUCAGGGGAAUGGGACCCAGAAAAAAGAUAGAAUAGCCCAUUUUCAAUCAGGGUUUUUAUUCUUUCUAUCUCGCAGUCCUCCUUUACCAAUAUUCAUAAAUCAUGGGUUCACAACUUCAUGCCCAUGUUUAUCUACUUUUGUUGGUUAUUUCGUUUUUGCAUUGCUACUGAAGGCACGUAUGGAAAGUAAAACCCUGUGUUGUUCAUGAUCUCAAGUAACUGCUGGAAAUAAAGUCGGUAACUUUCCACAUGGUGUCAUCCUCUUCUAAUCUAAAGCAAAGCUGCUUAGAUGGGUUACUAACCAGCUAAUGGUUUGUAAUAAUUUUACAUACAUCCGUUCUGAAUGGAAAUCUAUUAUUUUUUCUUAAUUCUUAUUCUUAAAAAUAUGCCACUAUUUUAAACAAUCUUUUUAAGCCUGGAUGUGUAAAUGAUAACAUUAAUAAAAAAUGUACUGCUGAUUCAUAUGAAGUUUUCUUGAUUAUCCUUUGGAACCACAAACACUUGUAACUUUGUGACGUUGCCAAAUAAACAUGAUAUGCAGAAA